UAACCCGGCUGAGCAGCCCAAGAUCAGGUUUACAUAAACAACCCAAAAAUGAAAAGGGCGGGAAUGGGUGAAAAAUAAGUUCUAGGGAUUUAAGCUUACAGAAGAAGUUUUUAAUAAAACGUUCAAUCCCCGGAAUAGAGGAAAAUCAAUCAUUUUGAGUAAUCAAAGAGAGCAAAAAUGUAUCGGAGCAAUGAAUUCGAUGGAAGCGCCGCCGCAUUUAUGGGCGGCGGAUUUAUGCCUUCUCAGGCUACUCAGCCUUCCGAUUCCUCCUCGUCUUUCCCUAAUUCCAGAAAUCGCGAUUCUAGGUGCUUAUUACCGUUGACAGUGAAGACUAUUCUUGAGCUACAAAGUAACGAUGAAUCUAAUUUUGUCAUUGAUGGUGUUGAAGUCAGCACUGUUACAAUUGUUGGAAGGGUAAGCCUAAAGGAAGAUAAAGCAAGUGAAUAUACAUUUCUUGUUGAUGACGGAACCGGACAGAUUGAAUGUAUCAGAUGGGUUCAAGAACGCAUAGACACAGAGGAAGUGGAGGGAAUCACAGUUGGCAAAUAUGUGCGCAUCCACGGACACUUAAGAGGACUGCAGGGUAGAAGGUUCUUAAAUGCCUUUUCCAUUAGGCCUAUUACUGACUUCAAUGAGAUUACAAGCCACUUUAUUGAGUGCAUUUACGUUCAUUUCUACAAUACAAGGAUACGGCUUCAGGGUGCUGCUCCACAGGCUCAGCUGCCAAGUUCAACAAUGGGCACCUCUUUGAAAGGCUACCAAACUGCCCCACAAGAUCAUUCUUCUACCUUUUUUAGCAUCGAGGGAGUGAAUAGUCCUACUGGUCAGAUGAUAAUGAGAUUUUUGCUGCAGCCCAUGUACGCUGCUAAUGAGGAUGGAGUUAACCGCAAUCUCAUUGCCCGUCAGCUAAAUAUUCCAAUGGAUAAGCUCAUGGAAGAAUUGCAGGCUCUGAUUGACAAUGGCUCUGUUUACUCUACAAUUGAUGAGGAUCACUUCAAAUCAACUGCUAAUGGUUAACAUAUUUCUAAGAUAGCAGCAAGCAUCGAUUUGAAGCGAUUUCUCACUCUACCAAUCGGUACAUAAUCUUUAUCUCGAUUCAGGUUAUGCUGUAAUUUUUCUCCUCUGUCGCUCUCUAGGUUUACGUGCUUCGUUUUUUAAGCUUGCCUGUCUGCAUUGUAUGAGAUGAAUUGGUGCUUUUCUUCUAUCCAGAUUUUAAACUACUGGAUAUUUUAUUCUCUUCUGUUGGUGGCACACUAAAUUUCAUCAACCCAAGUUUCUCUGAA